GGUCUUUCUCUGCUCAUUUCGUCUUCUCAGCUUUCUCCGAUUACGCGAAAAUGGCAGUGAAAAACAAACAAAUGAAACGCGCUGAGCCAGAGUCAGAUCUGCUUUUUGCUGGGAAACCAGUGUCUGUUGUGGAGUCGAUGAUUCGAUGGCCUCAUCGCUACCCAUCCAAGAAAACAAAGCUUGAAGCUGCGACGAAGGGUGACAAAAAGGAAAAGAUAAAGUUAGCGAAACGUCACUACGAGCAAGCUUUGGUUGAUGGAGUUCUCAUCAACCUCAAUGACGAUGUCUACGUCACGGGUCUACCAGGGAAGCUGAAUUUCAUUGGAAAAGUUAUUGAAAUGUUCGAAGCUGAUGAUGGGGUGCCUUAUUGUCGGAUUCGGUGGUUUUACAGACCAGAUGAUACUUUGAUCGAAAGAUUUGCCGAACUUGUGCAAAAAAAGAGAGUGUUUCUAUCAAAUGUUGAGGACGAUAAUCCUCUGACUUGCAUAUAUUCGAAAGUCCACAUCGCUAAAGUCCCAUUACCAAAGAUUACCUCCAGAAUCGAGCAAAGGGUUAUUCCUCCAUGUGACUAUUACUACGAUAUGAAGUACGAAGUGCCAUAUCUGAAUUUUACAAGUGCAGAUGAUGAUAGUGCUGCGUCAUCAACUCUUUCAAGUGAUUCCGCCUCGAAUUGCUUUGAAACUCUCCACAAAGAUGAAAAAUUCUUAUUGGAUCUGUACAGUGGAUGCGGAGCGAUGUCCACAGGUUUCUGCAUGGGAGCUUCCAUAGCAGGAGUAAAAUUGAUUACGAAAUGGUCUGUGGAUAUAAAUAAGUUUGCUUGUGAUAGUUUUAGACAUAAUCAUCCUGAAACAGAGGUGAGAAAUGAAGCCGCAGAAGAUUUUCUAAUUCUCCUCAAAGAAUGGAAAAGGCUCUGUGAAAGGUUUUCUCUCAUUUCAAGCACUGAACCAAUGGAAUCAAUUUCUGAGUUGGAAGAUGAAGAAAGUGACGAAAAUGAUGACAUAGAUGAGGCAAGUACUGGUAUGGAACUCUCAGCUGGAGAGUUUGAAGUAGAAAAGUUUGUUGGCAUCGUUUUUGGAGAUCCUAAAGGCACAGGGGAAAAGACACUUCUUCUUAAGGUAAGGUGGAAGGGAUACAGUCCUAAGUAUGAUACGUGGGAACCUUACUCUGGCUUAGGCAAUUGUAAGGAGAAGCUCAAGGAGUAUGUAACAGAUGGGUUCAAGUCUCAUCUUUUACCACUUCCCGGUACUGUUUACUCUGUGUGCGGUGGGCCACCCUGCCAAGGGAUCAGUGGCUAUAACCGGUUUAGAAACAAACAAGCACCGCUUGAGGAUAAGAAAAACCAGCAACUUUUGGUGUUUUUAGACAUCAUUGACUUCCUCAAGCCAAGUUACGUGCUUAUGGAAAAUGUUGUAGACCUUCUUAGGUUUUCAAAGGGUUACCUGGCACGUCAUGCUGUGGCUAGCUUUGUUGCCAUGAAUUACCAGACGCGGUUGGGCAUGAUGACUGCUGGAUCCUACGGUCUCCCUCAGGUUAGAAACAGGGUUUUUUUAUGGGCCGCACAACCAACAGAGAAACUCCCCCCUUACCCACUUCCAACACAUGAAGUUGAGAAAAAAUUCAACACACCAAAGGAAUUUGAGGAUUUACAAGUUGGACUUAUUCAAAAGGAGCUUCUUCAAUUAGACAACGCUCUUACGCUGGCUGAUGCUAUUAGUGACCUACCACCGGUGACAAAUUCUGAGGCAAAUGAUGUAAGGAAUUAUAAUGAUGCUGCUCCUAAGACAGAUUUUGAGAACUUUAUUAGCCUUAAAAGAUCUGAGACACUAUUACCCGUAUGUGGUGGAGAUCCGGCACGCAGGUUGUUUGAUCAUCAGCCUCUUGAAUUAAGAGAUGACGACUUGGAAAGAAUUUCCUACAUACCAAAAAAGAAGGGGGCAAAUUUUCGUGAUAUGCCUGGUGUUUUAGUUCACAACAACAAAGCGCAACUUAACCUUAGGGUGAAGCGAGCAAAGUUAAAAUCUGGAAAGAAUGUGGUCCCUGAUUAUGCAGUUUCAUUCAUAAAAGGAAAAUCAAAAAAGCCUUUUGGUAGAUUGUGGUGGGACGAAAUAGUUAACACGGUUGUGACAAGGGCAGAACCUCACAACCAGUGCGUAAUCCAUCCAAUGCAAGAGCGUGUGUUGUCUGUCCGUGAGAAUGCCAGACUACAAGGGUUCCCUGAUUGUUACAAGCUUUGUGGCUCAAUUAAGGAAAAGUACAUCCAGGUUGGGAAUGCAGUGGCAGUUCCUGUAGGGGUUGCGUUAGGAUAUGCAUUUGGUAUGGCGAGUCAAGGACUGACGGAUGAUGAGCCUGUAAUCAAGCUGCCCUUCAAGGAGAGAGAGACAGAGAUGGAGGAGGAAUAUGUUAUGAUCGAUCUUGAUGACGUUUCAAGGCACAUUGACAUUCCAUCAGAUGCUCCUUAUACUUUAUCAGGUUUGGAUACUUUGAAUCCGGUGUUGACCAUUGAUGACAAAAUCAAGCUGGUUGGAGAAUAUAUAGAAACGAUUGGUACAUGCCUUGCUUUCUCUGACAAAGGUGAAAACCAGACGCCACAGAAGAAGACAGUUGAACCUGUUGCCAAACUCCACAAGAUUCUCAAGUUUAGCCGCCGUUCAAAUUGCCUCGCCGCCACCGAAGCAAAGAGUAGAGAGAUAAUGGCUGAAGAAGAAGCUAAGGGUUUGGAUUACAUACCGGAGAUUGUACUGAAGAAGAGGAAGAACAGAGAUGAGCUUGCCUUUAUCAGGAAGAAGCAACUUGAGUUGGGAAAUUUCGGCAAGAAGAAGAAGAAAGUCUCUGACAUCAAACGUCCUGAAGAUUUUGUGCUUGAGUUCAGGGCUAAGGAAAUAGAUAUGAUCCGGAUGAAGCAAAGAGUAAAGAGGCCAAAGUCAUCUCCUCCACCAGUUAAAUCAGACCUGGUUUUCAUCAUACGCAUACAAGGCAAGAAUGAUAUGCACCCAAAGACCAAGAGGAUUCUUAACAAUUUGCAACUUAGGAGCGUCUUUACUGGUGUAUUUGCCAAAGCAACUGACAGUUUGUUCCAAAAGCUUCUCAAAGUGCAGCCUUAUGUCACUUAUGGAUACCCGAAUGAUAAGAGCGUUAAGGACCUCAUAUACAAAAAGGGAUACACGAUCAUAGAGGGAAAUCCUGUUCCUCUUACCGACAACAACAUAAUCGAACAGGCUCUAGGAGAACACAAAAUCUUUGGCAUAGAAGACCUUGUGAAUGAGAUAGCAAGAGUCGGUGAUCAUUUCAGAGAAGUUAUGAAAUUCUUGGGACCCUUGAAACUCAACAAGCCUGUGGCUGAUGUUUUGCACGGGAAGAAACAAGUUUUCAGCGAAGGAGGAGAUACUGGUAACCGCGAAGAUAAGAUCAAUGAUCUCAUCAGCAAAAUGAAUUAGAAGCAGCAAUCCUUGUAAUCGCUAGCUACUUACUAUAUUUCCUUUAAAAGAUCUGUAUGAGGCUUAAAAAAACAACCACUUUGGUGAAACGCUAUUUCAAUUUUGAUAAAAGGGACAUUCGCAA